CUCCGUUCAUCAGUAGGAUAUUAUAAGGGCAGCCUGGAGAGCGGAGCGUGGUUCAGUGUACAGUAUCUGGACCGGACCGAGGCGGGCAGGAAGCACAUUUGCAAGGCGGAGGAGAUGGAGGACAAAGAGAAAAAGAAGAAGGAUAAAAACUCGUCCAAGGACGAUAGAGUCACUCUGAAAAAAGAAAUUGGACUUUUGAGCGCUUGCGCUAUUAUCAUCGGGAACAUCAUCGGCUCUGGGAUAUUCAUCUCUCCUAAAGGAGUGUUGGAGCAUGCAGGCUCAGUGGGACUGUCACUCAUCGUUUGGGUUUGUGGAGGGGGGAUCUGUGCCCUUGGGUCCAUGUGCUAUGCCGAACUGGGUGUCACUAUCCCCAAGUCUGGAGGCGACUAUUCAUAUGUGACAGAAAUCUUUGGAGGGCUAGUGGGUUUCCUGUUGUUAUGGAGUGCCGUCCUCAUCAUGUAUCCAACUACACUGGCUGUCAUCGCACUCACCUUCUCUAAUUACGUCUUGCAACCGGCCUUCCAGAAUUGCCUGCCUCCAUACAUCGCCACCAGACUCCUUGCCACCAUUUGUAUCUUAUUCCUGACCUGGGUGAACUGCUCUAGUGUGCGAUGGGCAACGAGAAUCCAGGAUGUUUUCACUGUUGGAAAACUCCUCGCUCUGGCACUCAUCAUAGUGGUAGGACUCGUCCAGAUCUGUAGAGGUCACUAUGAUGCCCUGCGGCCCAGUGUGGCCUUUGAAUUUAGUCAGGACCCCUCGGUGGGACAGAUAGCUCUGGCCUUCCUCCAGGCCUCCUUUGCUUACAGCGGCUGGAAUUUCCUCAACUACGUGACAGAGGAGGUCGUUGAGCCACGCAAGAACCUGCCUCGUGCCAUCUACAUUUCAAUCCCACUGGUGACCCUGGUCUACACCAUGACCAACAUUGCGUACUUCUCCUCCAUGACCCCUGAGGAGCUGCUGGCCUCCAAUGCUGUGGCAGUGACAUUUGGAGAGAAGCUAUUGGGGAUGUUUUCCUGGGUGAUGCCAAUCUCUGUAGCUCUGUCCACCUUUGGAGGAAUCAAUGGAUAUCUGUUCACCUCAUCCAGAUUGUGUUUCUCGGGGGCCAGAGAAGGUCACCUGCCUUAUCUACUGGCUAUGAUCCACCUAAAGAACUGCACUCCAAUCCCUGCCCUGCUGGUCUGUUGCAUUGCCACAAUUGUCAUCCUGUGUAUUGGAGAGAUGCACAACUUGAUCAACUAUGUGUCCUUUAUCAACUAUCUGUCCUAUGGCGUAACCAUCGCCGGCCUCCUCUACCUCCGCAAGAAGAGACCCAACCUGGCCAGACCCAUUAAGGUAAACAUGUUGAUCCCCAUCACCUACAUGAUUUUCUGGGCUGUGCUGCUGUGCUUUAGUCUGUACUCUGAGCCGGUGGUUUGUGGCCUGGGUAUGGUCAUCAUGCUGACUGGAGUCCCUGUAUACUUUGUGGGUGUUCAGUGGAAGGACAAACCCAAAUGGAUCUACAGGGUAGUCGAAAGAGUCACGUAUAUGGGUCAGAAGGUGUGUUAUGUGGUGUUUCCUCAGGAAGACCCUUCAGAGACUGAACCCCUCACUGCCUCCAAAGCCAAUGACUGAGCAGUGCAGUCAACCAGGAAUUCCCUUUUUACAUCAACAACUGUACUUCCAGAUUUUGUUUUGUUUUGUUUUGUUUUUUCAUAUUGUUUGGUCAGGUUGUGAGUGGUGAAGAGAUGAAUUUCCCUGUGUUCAUGCAUAGGUGCAGCCUGAUUGGAGCAGCGGCGAAGCCCCAACAUAAAAGAAGCGGAUGGUCAUAUUUAGGGCAUUAGCAUGUUUAGCCCUAAAGCUGGGGCAUGUGUUUUUAUUUGGUUGGUUUGGUAGUGCUGUCCAUCCGUUCUCCUCACCAGUAUGCCAAGUUUUCUCUUUCAUUCGGAUGUUCAUCUCAUCUUCUGCCUUCUACUUGCUCAAGGAAUUUCUCUGUCAUCCUCUGCUUCACUUCCAACAUCCUUUUCUUUUAUUACUAAAUCCUUGUGCUAAUGUGCCUUAUGAAAUGUAUGCGUUGGUAUAGUGUAUUGGUUUGUGCGGGUAUUUUGAGUGCGGAAUAACUUUAUGAGGUAAAUAUGCAAGCAGUUUUUGCUUUUAGCAAUACUUCUCUAUUACUGCUGCUAUCUCAAGCUCUAUUUCACUAAUCACUCACAGGACGUUUACUGUUUGUCUUCUGUGAAUGAGUAUUUUUCUGUCUGUAUCUCUGCCUGGCUACAGUGCCUAGCCAUUCCUUUAACUUUACACCCUUUACUUUUGUUAUUAUAUCACUUCUUUUUCCUGAGAGAUACUGUAGGUGCCUUUGUGUUCUUAUUAGAGAAGUGAUCUACACAAUGACACUUAUCUUUCCCAGCAAUAUUUACAGGACAGGAGAGGCAGGACGAUCACAGUUUGUGGCUUCAGCUUGAAUAACUGCCAACUGUCUCAGAAAUGAAUAAGCUGCAUCUUUAUAACACAUGAUGACAGGCUGCUCUUCCAGGUUUUUAAUGUUUCUCUGGGAAUGCCACUGUGAACUCUCACAAGGUGCUUGACCUGCCAAGACAGUUAUUACAUUUCACAUUUCUCACCUGAAGUUAUGACAGUACUUUCCAUUAACAUGUUGUUGGAUAACAUUAGCAGAAUCAUACUGACAGAUCGGUGGACGGUUGGCAGUGGAUGUUUACUUGUGCAUGGUCCUGCUCCUACUUCCCCAAAGACACAUCAUCACUGCAAUGACCCAUGGCCAGUGACUUAUAGAUUAACUUAAUGUGAUUGAUUUAAUUAGAGUCCCGUUGGCCUGCUAUAACCCCUUCCUGUUGUCUUGUUGACAAUAUACUGACUUAUUACGGCCCAAUUUAAAUACUAAAUUGCCGCCAAAUUAUUUCGGUCAAAUUGAUCUCUUCACUGAAGUUAUGGUACUAUUACCAUGAUACAAUAUGCUAAUUCACUGUGGUCCCAGGGAUAUUGGUGUUGACAUGUAUUUGGGUAAUCUCUUGUAUAAGCUGUUUAUGUUGUGUAUACAACAGAACAUAUAAAGGGUUGGGCCAGUGGUCUUUUUAACAUGAUGUAAAACCAGCAGGUUGGAACUUGGACUGAAAACUCAGCCCCUUUCCUGGCUAGCAGCAGGUCCUGGGAAUAUCCCCCUGCAUCAAGUCCACAGACGCACACUUAAGACAACAUGCAUGUCUGUCUGCAAUGUCCAGGUGCUGUUAAUUCAGUUGAGAUCUGUAAAUACUGUGUAAAGGAAAAAAAAAUUACUAUUACAAAUGCGCCAGGGACUCCUACAAAGAUCAUUCCUUCAGACAUGUUGUGAUACAUUUACAUACUGUACAAUUGAUGGAUGUACCUCUGUGUUUUGUAAAAGAGUGUAAAGUUGUACAAGAAUAACAAUGUAAUUGCUUAUUAAAUAUAGCAACCUCUGAGAA